AUGCAGUUCUCUACCACCUUCGCCGUUCUUUUCCUCGCAGCUGCUACAAGCGUUGCCGCCAAGAAGCACACUCAACUCUAUUGCACCAACGCUAGUGGCUCCGGGCAAUUCAUCUUUUCGUUCCCGAACGACGACGUUACCAACAAAGUCUGCCCUACUUUCUGUUCGGACUGUACGCUCGGUGACAACGACGGGCACCGUGUCUGCAACUCUCCGAGCAAACAACUUGAUGGCGACGGCUUUGCGAGUGCCUGUGUUGCUGCUGGGGCUGAUGGCAGCAAGUAA